UAAUCUGCGUCGGAAGCAUAGAAGGCGCAGACGCAAGAUGGGCGCUGGCUGUUGCAAAGUUGGAGGCGGUGUGGUAACUAUUUGUCCCCUGCAGCUAUGGGGAGUCCAAAAGAUCAACAGCCGCCGCUUUCAUCGCCUCACUGAUGGAUGCUUUACUAACCUUGUCGAUGUAAAGGACACAUCGGCAGCUGUGCAAUUAGUUGACGAGGUCCCUCCCGCAGCAAGCGGCGACUACUCUCUCUUGCCUACACAGCAUAGUAAUUCCAACCAAGUGGUCUCGUCUUAUUUGCCGGCCAAAUUGCUGCACGAACAUGUGGACUUUCCCUUUCUGACAGAUGAGGAGUUGGGGCAGUGGAUUGUGCGCUCGCGGUUCAUGAUUGUCCUUCGCGGUCCGCCCGGUUCGGGGAAGUCCUACCUCGCCACGUGUAUCAAAACUCGUUACCCGACUGCAGAGAUCUGUUCUGCGGACCAGUACUGGUAUCGAGAGUCGGGUGGGCUGCAGUACCGAAAGUUUGACUACAACGUCAUCCUCGUAACACCAAAGACACCCUGGCGAUUUGACGUGAAUGCCCUAGUAUCCCGCAACGUGCACCAGGUUCCUCCUUCUGUAAUUGCAUCUAAGGUCCGUCAAUUUGAACCAAUAUAUCCGCUGUAUUAUGGCUGGUUUUGGGCCGGCAAGCCAAGUUGUCAGGCUGAAGAACAAGCCUUGUCCUCGGGGGCUGACAACAAAGUGGCCCCUUUUCCACUCAGCGAAACUGAAGCUAUGAUUGCGUCUUCGUUUCGCUCCUUUUUGGCCCUGUUGGCUUUGCCUACAGUGAGACAGCAGCUGGCUAAAAUGUGCGGUUUCAGUCCGAGAACCCAGAUCUAUGCCAGCUUGUCGUGUAUCGACAAGAAUUCAGCAGUCAACCAGUGCUCUCGAAAAGGAUACGAGAGGCCAGCAUGGCUAUAUCCAUAUGAGGUGACUCGAAAACGCAAACUUGCCUAG